UCCUGUUGAAUGUUAUAGUAGUUGAAAUAAUAGUCAUACCAUGCGUGACAGAUUAUAUGAACGAAAAUGUCGCGUUGUAGCGAAAUAUGCCUACUCGAAAUUAUUUUGGUAUCAUUAAACUUGAUCAAAUAAAGGCAGCUUCAGUCGAAUGUUUUGUAGACAAGUUAAUUAAUGAAUCAUCCACAAGCAUUCAUCAGUCGAUAUAAACGAAUUAUUUUGUUACAGAUGAGCAAAACCACUCGCGUAUAGGCGUACUGCAUAAAUUUACUUUAGAAAAAAAGGAUGGAAAGAAUGAAAGCACUUUGUUUCUGCGCACAUGCUCUCCGAAAUGUCAAAGUUCUACCAAUACUAAUAAUGGGACUGCAUUACAUGGAGACACAAACUCUCUCCGGGCAAGUACGCUCCACCCAUCGAUAAUUCCACAAUCGUUAACAAUGCGCAGCUCCUUAGCGUUGUUUGCUUACAUUCUUUUCCUCGUGUGUCUUCGACAGUUUCAUCAAUCACGUGAUAAUUGCGAGUUACUUAACUGGUAAUUCAAGCGUAAUCGCAAGUACUCUUGUUACUUUUCCAUGGACCUUUGGACCCUUGUUGUCAUUGUUUCGUUACAUUGCCUGUGAUAUCAACAAUUUCACUUCGUUAUAAUUUGUUCAGCGGCGAAGGGAUGGAAUCUCGCAAUAGUAUCGUGGGAGAUUCUUGGGUUGGCAUGAUCAUUGGAACUCAACAGUCUACUGUCAUUCCAUAUGGUGUAAGAUGAAUAAAUGGUUUUUAUUUCCGUUUCAGACUGCGGGUGCAUUCGAGUUCCAUUAAUCUAAAGUCAAAUCCUCUUUGAAAGAUGGCAACCACCGUGCCAAGCUUCGUAGUGGACAAUGUGACGUCUUCUUCAGACUACAGCCUCCUUGGCGCAUUCUCGCACCCUUUACUCAUCGAGAUUGUCAUAUCUACCAUUGUAUGGCUCAUGUGCAUUUUAGCGGUGUUUGGUAACAUUCUUAUCUUUGUAGUGAUUCUCAAAGACAAGCAGCUGAGGUCUAACGUAGCCAAUAUGUACAUUCUGAACCUUGCCAGCGCAGACUUAUGUGUUGGGAUCAAUUCUCUGACAAUUAAAAAUAUUUGGCGGUAUACCGGCAACUGGCCCUUUCAGCGAGGCGUGUGCACCUUCUGGACUGUCGUGGAUUAUUCGGCGUGCAUGCAGGGCGCCUUCGCAGUGACACUCAUCAGUCUUGAUCGUUAUUUCAUGGUGACCAAAUUCCUGGAGUAUCGAAAGUACAACAGCAGGAGACUUGCUUGCGGCCUCAUCACAGUCACCUGGACGCUCGCGUUGCUAGUCAAUGCUUUCCCAGUUUUGGGCAAUGAACUAUGGCCCACAACGACAGACUUUGGUAUGAUUAACUACUCAGUAACCUGCGAUUUCAGCGUGCUGCACAUUAUUUCCUUUAACAUUGCUCAAAUAGUUGUAGGGUUCUUUGCACCGGCAAUCAUCUUAGCUUACUUGAAUUUCAAGGUGUACGCCAACAUCCUGAAGCGCUCCAAAAGCUUGGUUCGCACGGAAGUUUCUCCAAUGCAGCUAGACACAAUCCACCCACCGGCAGAGCCCGGUGCUAAAAAAGAUUCACACGUCAACAGUACUCACCGAUCACAAGACACCAAAAGGUCCUACAAAACUCACCGGAAGGCCGCUAUCACGCUGGCCCUUAUCGUGGGCGUGUUUUUCAUAUGUUGGUCCCCCUAUUACGUCUUGCAGUUCCUGUUGGUAACGAAAGUGAUAGAUGUUAGCUGGCUGUUGUGGAAUGGUGUGUACUACACUGUGUGGGUCAACUCGGCGAUCAACCCGUUCAUCUAUGCCGCUACUAAUCCUAGAAUUAGGCGGGGUACUAUCAAAGUCAUCUGCUAUUGGAACCACCGACUCCGAAGAAAAAUUCGCCCAUUGUAAUGAUAUCAAUCACUGCCACGAUAAUGGAUUUGCUCAAUCUUAA